UCCACAUCACGUAUAAAAAUAGCACCAGCCUUUUAUUUACCUGAAUCUAAUCACUAAAUUAAUUCACAUUCAUUGCCCCGGCAAGCAAAACAUAAAUUUCCACUUCCUGAGCCCCUUUUAAGCAUGAGAAUGAGUUCUGAACUUGAUAAAUCCCAACACAUCCUGCCCUUAGACCAACCUAUUGUGACCCUAGAAGUUGCCUCAGCAUUUAAGGGACUGACUGACACGGAGAAGAGAUACGCUCAUCACAUAAGUCAAGCGUCCUGGACCGGGGGCCUAAUAACUUUCUUACAAACAAGCCCAGAAUCUGGACCAAUUUUUGUCCUUUUGCAUAAACUAUUCUCAGGUCUUAAGCCUCAGGAUUUCAAAAAAGUAGCCCUUCAGGCUGGGUUUAGCGAAGAUGAAGCCAAGGCGUUCCUGGUUUACGCGUGUGGAAUUUUCAGUAACGCUGGGAAUUAUAAGGGGUUUGGGGACUCAAAAUUCGUCCCGGGGAUAGCACAGGACAGGCUUGAGUCGCUCCUUGCGGCUACUCCUGUUUGGCCCAAAAUUAAAGAAUUGUGGGCGAAGGUGAAGAACGCUAUGUAUGACCUUAGCCCUGGUAAGACAUGCCUAGGGUAUGCCCCCCAUGGGUGCACCACCUACUUGUCGAAAAACUGCACGCCUGAGGACAAUCAAAGGGUGCAAGACUGGAUGAAGACCCAGAAUAUUGAAGGCUACAACACGCGUUUGUUCAAAACUGUGCUCCCGGAUGGGAAGAUUGAUUACGAAAUUCGGUUGGCUUCGAAAGAAACCGGCGAAAUCUCGAAAGAAACCUACGGGAACAUGACGUUUCGCCUAACUAAAGGCGACUAUUCGCCGAUUAUUGGAAAAGUCGCCGAAAGUCUGGAGGAAGCGUCAAAAUACGCUGCCAAUCCCACUCAGGCCAAAAUGUUAAAAGCUUACGCCCAGUCGUUUCUUACGGGUUCUUUGGACCUUCACAAAGAUGGGUCUCGGCACUGGAUUAAGGACAAGGGCCCAGCUGUGGAAACCUACAUUGGCUUCAUAGAAACCUACAGAGAUCCGGCCGGAAUUAGGGGCGAAUUUGAAGGGUUUGUCGCGAUCGUGAAUCGCGCAAUGUCGGCCAAAUUCACAACUUUGGUCUCCAAAGCUGAGGAGUUUUUGCCCUUGUUGCCGUGGCCUAAAGGGUUCGAAAAAGACAAGUUUUUGAGGCCCGAUUUUACCUCGCUUGAUGUGCUCACGUUUGCGUCCAGCGGAAUACCGGCCGGGAUUAACAUUCCCAACUACGACGAUAUCCGGCAAAGCGAGGGUUUCAAGAACGUCUCUUUAGGAAACGUCAUACCAGCCAGUUAUCAAAUGUCUGUGAUUCCAUUCUUGAACGAGUCUGAUACACAAUUGAUCCAAAAAUAUCGCGUUGCUUCCUUCGAAUUACAGGUGGGCCUUCACGAAUUGCUAGGUCACGGUUCCGGCAAAAUAUUUUAUCGUGCCGCCGAUGGAACGUUCAAUUACCCAAACACACUGUUGGACCCCUUGACGGGGAAACCCCCAUCCACGUACUACGAGCCUGGGGACACCUACGAUUCGCGUUUUGGCCCAAUGAGCUCUUCAUACGAGGAAUGCCGAGCUGAAGCGGUUGGCUUAUAUUUAAGUCUGGAACCGGCAGUGUUGCAAAUUUUCGGCCACAAAGGCCAAGAAGCCGAGGAUGUCCUCUAUGUGAAUUGGUUGUCUUUGGUUUGGAACGGCAUUGGCCGGGCUUUGGAAACGUGGGAUCCGAAGCGAGGAUGGCUCCAAGCCCACUCCCAGGCCCGAUUCGUGCUGGCGCGUGUUCUGAUUCAAGCCGGUGUUGCGAGUGUCACACAGCCCAGUGACGGCGAUCUUUUGGUCACUCUAGACCGUGCUGCGUUGAAAGGCGCCGGUCGGAGUGCCAUCGCUCAUUUUCUGCUCCAGUUGCAAGUUUACAAAGCAACGGCGAAUAUCGAAGCAGCUCAGAAUUUGUACCAACAUUAUUCCGAAGUGUGUGAGCCGUGGUUGAGCUGGCGCGCGAUUGUUUUGGCCAACAAGCAACCAAGGAAGAUUUUUGCGCAGGCUAAUACUGUGUUGAGUUCGAACGUCGAAUUGAAAACGUAUGGGGAAACCCCGGAAGGGAUGAUCCAGUCGUGGACUGAACGGUUCCCGAAUCCCGAGCCCUUGUAUCAGGCUUUGAUAGAUUUAAGUGCCUCUAAUGAGCACUAUUUUAUUUAAUUUUUAAUAACGAUUAAUUAUUAGAUUAUAUACGAUGCUUUAUAAACAAUAAAAUGAUUCUUUGCA